GGAAUAUCACUUCAUAUUAGUGAGUAUAAAGUACACUUAAAUGGGUGGGAAUGAAACUCAGGAGCUUCCGGUUAUAAACCUCUCCGACAAGAACCUGAAACCGGGAACCGAGCUCUGGAACUCGACGAGAAACAGCGUACGUGAAGCCAUGGAACACCAUGGUUGGUUCGUGGCCGAGUACAACAGCUUUCCAGUAGAACUCCACCAGUCAAUUCUCGAGGCUUCCCAGAAACUACUCGAUCUUCCUCCCGAAGUUAAGGUAAAGAACGUGAACCACAAAGCUGGUCACGGCUACAUAUCCAUGAUGUCCGAUGAUCAGCCCGUUCAUGAAGGUCUUGGUAUUGACCAAGCCAACGAUAUCCAACAGUGUCGCCUAUUCUCCCGUCUCAUGUGGCCUGAUCAUCAUGACAAUGACAUUUUCUGUGAAACUAUUAACGCAUAUGCGAAAAUGCAAGCGGAGCUGGAGCAACUGGUUAUAACGAUGCUUUUCGAGAGCUAUAACCUAGAAAUGUACACAAAGAAACACAUAAGAGGAUCACGUUACCUUCUUAGGUUGCUGAAAUACAGAAGACUCCCUAAUGGAGAGCCCAACAGGAAGUUCAUUUCUCAUACGGACAAGAGCUUCAUCUCCAUUCUCCAUCAGAACCACAUCACCGGACUCAUGUUGAAAUCCGAGAGAGAGGACGUUUGGUAUCCUUUUAUCCCUUCACCAACCCGGUUCGCUGUUAUAGCAGGCGACGCCAUCAUGGCGUGGAGUAACGAUAGAAUCAAAUCGUGUUACCACAAGGUGGAGAUGGAGAGCGUGGAAAUGAGGUAUUCAUUUGGUUUCUUCUCGUUCCAAGAAGAGAUGAUAUCGACACCAGAGGAGAUGGUGGACAAGGACCAUCCUUUAGCAUAUAAGCCAUUUAACCAUGACGGACUUCUCGCUUUCUACGAAACGGUGGACGUUCAUCUCAAGGCACACCGUACCAUGACCAAAGUCUAUUGUGGUAUCCAACAAGCGUAUGAACCAUAAUCACAAUCAUAUAUAAACCUGGUUAUUUUCACCCAAAAUGUAUCCCUUUCGUGUUUUUUUUUAUAUACAAUAGAACCUCUAUAAAUUAAUAUUCGAUAAAUUAAUAUACACUAAAUAUCU